ACCUCCUUAAUCCCUCUUAAUCCAAACUCGCAGCGACCGUCCCCUCUGAAGUUCCCCGAUGCCAACUUUCCCCCAGCUCGCUGCUCUUCUGCAGCAGCGCCAGCCCGGGACGGGCAGCUGAAGACCUGCAACCGGCGGCUUUCGACCUCGGAGCCCCGCCGAGAUGACCCCGAACGGAGCGUGGCUCGUGUGCAUCCUUGGCACCCUGGUGGUCUCGCCGAGCGCGCCGCUGCAACUUCAGCAGGGCAUGCCAAAUGUCUGUUCCGAGCAAGAGUUGGCCAUGGUGGGGCAUCGCCAUCCAUGUGUUCAAGCCUUUACCCGUUUGGUGAAGAUGUGGAAGCAGGACUGUGCAGGACAGAGAUGGUGCAUGGCCUAUGAGAGAAGGACAAGCUAUUACACCAUUUAUAAGCAAGUGUACACCAUGGAACACCACACUGUCUUUAAGUGCUGCCCUGGCUGGAGCCAGAAGAAAGAUGAUGAAGCUGGGUGCCUUCACUCAUUGUGCUCUGUGGGCACUUGUUUCAAUGGAGGGAAGUGCUCUGGUGGGAUGUGCCAGUGUCCAGCAGGAUUUCAGGGAUCCCGCUGCCAGUAUGAUGUCAAUGAAUGUGCCAUUGCCAAUGGAGGAUGUCAGGACCAAUGUUGCAAUAUGAUUGGCAGCUACUACUGCAAAUGUCCAGCUGGCCAGAAACUGAGAGAAGACCGGACAUCUUGUGAAGAUAUUGAUGAAUGUGCAGUAAGGAGUGGAGGCUGUCAGCAGAGCUGUGUGAACACUCUGGGUUCCUACCACUGUGAAUGCAAUGCAGGACACAAACUUCACGCUGACGGCCGCACCUGCAUAAGUGUGAGCUCUUGUGCCGUCAAUAACGGAGGCUGUGAACAUGAGUGUAUGCAGCUGAGUGAAGACCACUACUGGUGUCAGUGCCACACACACUACCAGCUUAAGAGAGAUGGGAAGCACUGUGAAAAGAUCGACCCCUGCGCAAGUGGAAAUGGAGGCUGCUUGCAGAUCUGCCGAAAUGAGAGCGGACUUGCAAAGUGUGAAUGCUAUUCUGGAUAUCGCCUUUCUGCAGAUGGGAAGUCCUGUGCAGAUGCUGAUGAGUGUGUAGAAGGGACAGCCAAGUGCACCCAUCACUGUGUGAACACUUUGGGCUCCUUUGCCUGUGUUUGUAAUCCUGGGUUUGAGCUAGGAGCUGACGGAAGGCAAUGCUACCGCAUUGAAAUGGAAAUUGUCAACAGCUGUGAAGAUGAUAACGGAGGUUGCCUACAUCACUGUGAGCACUCCACCAAUGGGCCACUCUGCUCUUGUAACCAAGGUUACAGCUUGGAUUUAGAUGGGAAGACAUGCACAGACCUGGACGAAUGUGUGACUGGAGAUGCCUGCUGCUCACAGUUCUGCAUCAACUACAUCGGAGGCUACGAAUGCAGCUGCAAGGCAGGCUUCCGGCUUCACCUGGACGGCUGUGAAUGUGAUGAUGUGGACGAGUGCCUAUCCGACACUGAUGGCUGCGACCAAUAUUGUAUUAAUUCUUUGGGUUCAUAUGAAUGUACAUGUGAGGAAGGAUACAGGCUCAGCAGUGUCAAUGGACGGUCUUGCAUCUCAUUAGAUGACGAUGAGCUGGAAGAGGAGGAAGAAGAACUGGAGAUUGCCCGGAUUCCUGGCUUCCGCUUCAGAAGACCACCUCAGCUCCUUCGCUUCAGUACCUCCCUAGAUUCUUUCUAUGAUGAGGAGGAAGAGGAGAUUCGUGGAGAGCUCACUGUUGCACACCAAGUCGUUUGUCUGCAUAACAUGUUUGGCAGUGACUGCAGCUUGAGUUGCUCUGACUGUAUGAACAGAGGGAAAUGCAACAGUGACAACAGUAGUUGUGACUGCCCACCUGGGUGGACUGGCAUUAUCUGUAAUGAAACCUGCUCCGUGGGGACCUAUGGGAAAGAUUGCAGCAGCCUCUGCAAGUGCCAGAAUGGAGGUUCCUGCGAUCCGGUAACAGGGUGGUGUCGUUGCCCACCAGGAAUUAAUGGAAAGUUUUGUGAGGAUGGUUGCCCCAAAGGACGCUUUGGGAAACACUGCAGCAAGAAAUGUAAUUGUGCUAACAAUGGAUAUUGCCACAGAUUGUAUGGAGCCUGUUUAUGUGACCCUGGGCUAUAUGGUCGCUUCUGCCAUCUAACCUGUCCCAAAUGGGUCUUUGGAGCUGGCUGCUCGGAGGAGUGCCACUGUUUGAAGGAGAACACCCUGGAUUGCGACCCCAAAAACGGUACCUGUACCUGCAGACCAGGCUACGAAGGGAGCAAGUGUCAAAGAGAGUGUUUACCUGGUUUUUAUGGAGCUUCCUGUCAACAGAGGUGCAGCUGUCCUGGUGUGUCCUUGUGUGACCAUGAAACUGGGGGAUGCAGACAACCAUGCCCUGCGGGCUUCUAUGGAGAAAAUUGCCUAAACCAUUGCCCUGAGGGUUCCUGGGGUGUGAACUGCCACUCUGUCUGCGAACCCUGUGAGAAUGGAGGGCAGUGUCACCCAGUAACUGGGACGUGUGAAUGCCCAUCAGGAUACACUGGGAAAUAUUGCAAUGCUUCUUGCCCCGCUGGUUACCAUGGGAAAGAAUGCUUGCUGCAAUGCAGCUGUCAUACCGAUGCUCAGUGUAACCCCGUCACUGGGGAAUGCACGUGUCCCCCAGGUUGGAUCGGCCGUGACUGCAAGCAGCCUUGCGGUUCUGGCUCCUGGGGACAGCUCUGUGGAAAAACCUGUGACUGCAGAAACAGUGAUGGGAGCUGCAACCCCGUUACUGGUGUUUGCUUCUGUGAAGCAGGAUACACUGGGAAGCAUUGUGAGCAGAGUAAGACGUUAAGCAUGCCGAAGAGGAGCAUUCUCAGAAUCAAGUAG